GGUCUAUUCAAUUUGUGAGCGGCUAUCAAAAAGCUUUUCGCCUUUUUUUUUUUUUUUUGCACUAAACAAAAAAUAAGGGUAAAAAUAGGAAAAAAGGAAUGGAGAGAGAGAGAGGUGGUUUGGGAUAAGUUAAAGAGGCAAGUGUAGUAGGCUUUAGAGUGCUCCGGGUGAAACUCUUGAAAUGCUUGUUGGCUUUAAAGCAACAAUUCCCUUUACUUUAGCCUCCAAAUUCAUCUCAACAUAUAAUUAUGGCUUUCUUUCUAUUACUCCUACCACUACCCUCUUCACACCUCCAGCUAGUUUGAAGAGAGAUGAAAAUAAGGAGGUGGAUAAUUAUGCUGAACUGAAGGAGAAAGUGGAAAAUUUGGGUAUAUGUUGCAAUUCUGUUACCCCUGAAGAAUACACACGAUUAAUGUGUCCUAAGUGCAAAGGUGGUCAGCUAAUAGAAAGGAGUUUAUCAUUUCAUAUGUCCUGGAAAAGGAAUUAUGCAUUAUGGAGGUGUUUCAAUUUUGAAUGUGGAUGGGCAGGCCAGAUCCUUGCACACAACAGCACGGCAACUAUGGCAUCUGAUGGGGUCCAUCAACUUGGUAGAACGAAUUCUCCUCGGAUACUUACGGAGGAAAACUUGAAGUUAGAGCCGUUAGAUGAUGUGCUGGCUGCAUAUUUUGCUAAGAGGAUGAUAUCAAAGGAUACUCUGGAGAGAAAUCAUGUCAUGCAAAUGGCUGGUGAUCAGAUUAUCAUGGCCUUCACUUAUAGGCGGAAUGGUAUGCUCAUUGGCUGCAAGUAUCGGACUCUUGAGAAAAGGUUUUGGCAGGAGAAGGGUACGGAUAAGGUACUUUAUGGACUGGAUGAUGUAAGAGAUGCAGAUGAGAUUAUCAUUGUAGAAGGUGAAGUAGAUAAGCUUUCAGUGGAAGAAGCUGGAUUUCCUAACUGUGUCAGUGUUCCUAAUGGUGCACCACAGAGCAUCGCAUCCAAAGAACUGAUACCGCCGGAAGAGGAUAUCAGAUUUUCAUACCUGUGGAACUGCGCAGAGUGCUUAGAGAAGGCGUCCAAAAUUUUGCUGGCAACUGAUGGCGAUUUACCAGGUCAAGCAUUGGCUGGAGAGCUUGCCCGCCGUCUGGGGAAAGAAAGGUGUUGGCAAGUAUGUUGGCCUAAAAAGGAUGAGUUUAGCAGUUAUAAAGAUGCGAAUGAGGUACUAGUAAAUCUGGGAUCAGAAGCUCUGAAAGAAGCAAUUGAAUGUGCCGUGCCAUAUGAAAUGCAGAAUUUGAACUAAUCCACAAUGUUCUCGGGAUCUCAAGGGAGGAAUCUUUUCAACACUACUCGACUCUCUCCUCGAGACCUUAUGCACCUACUGCAUCUGUAAGUAACAUUACUCAGGAUAAGGACUCAAAGCAGUUUUUGUCAACACCUAAAUUUCCCUUUUCAUAGUUUCUAUGGACUUGGAUUUCACAAAGAAGUGCUUAAAUAGGUGACGGAUUUGGUUGAUGAAAAUCAUUCAUUCUCUACUUGGAAUGGAGGUUUUGGCACUUAUAUUCACCACACAAAGUACCUUGUUAUAAUAACAAGAUGCUGAUGGUGGAACGAUAUCGGCUUGUACACAGAUUUAAAA